AUGUUUGGCAGAAAAUUACCAAUCAGACAAACUGCAUUGUUGUCUUCUACCUUGAGAAGAGACUUGUUGAAGUCUGCUGCAAGACGUUAUCAAUCAACCACUGCCACUUACCAAGAACCAGGUCCAGAAUCAAAGACCGCGAAAUACAUCGAGGAAAAUGGUUCCUCUAUUGUGGCUACCUACAGUAGACCAAAUUUCGUGGUUGCCAAAGGUAAAGGUAGUUACCUUUACGAUCUUGAAGGUCGUCAAUACAUUGACUUCAGUGCCGGUAUUGCCGUGAACUCUCUCGGUCAUUCCAACCCAGAAGUGGCCCAGAUCAUCAGUGAUCAAGCUAAUGAAUUGGUUCACACCUCCAGUGGAUUCCACAAUCUUUAUAGCAGCAAGUUAUCCAAGACCAUUUGUGACACCACCAAGGCGUUUGGGGGGAUGCACGAUGCUUCCGCAGUAUUUUUAGGGAACAGUGGUACCGAAGCCAAUGAGGCCGCCCUCAAAUUCGCUAAAAAAUUCGGGAAAUUACAAAACCCAGAUAAAUACGAAGUCAUUGCUUUCAAGGACAGUUUCCACGGAAGAACUUUCGGGGCCUUGUCGGUCACUGCUAACCAUAAAUACCAAGACCCAUUUGCCCCAAUGGCCCCAUCGGUCAAGUUUGCUGAGCCAGAAAACUUGGAAAGCGUCGAGAAAUUGAUCGACACAAACAAGACGUGUGCUAUUAUCAUCGAACCAAUCCAAGGUGAAGGGGGUAUCAACCCAAUUUCCCUUGAGUUUUUGACCAACUUGAGAAAAUUGGCCAAUAAGCACAAUGCUCUUUUAAUUUUCGACGAAAUUCAAUGUGGUAUGGGGAGAUCCGGGAAGUUGUGGGCCCAUUCGUACUUGCCUAAAGAAGCUCAUCCAGAUAUUUUUACUUCCGCUAAAGCCUUGGGUAACGGUUUCCCAGUUUCUGCCACCAUUGUCAGUCCAAAAGUCAAUGCAAUUCUUGCUCCAGGUGAUCAUGGCAGUACUUAUGGUGGUAAUCCAAUCGCCGCCAGAGUUGGUCUUUAUGUGUUGUCACAAAUCGCCACCGAUGAAUUCUUGAAAGGUGUCAAUGAAAAAUCCCAAAUAUUCUUGAAGAAAUUAGAAGAAAUCAAGGCCAAGCACAGUGACAAGGUCACCACCAUCAAGGGUAAAGGUUUGAUGUUGGGUAUCCAAUUCAAAGAGUCUCCUGCCAAAUUGGUUGAUGCUGCCCGUGAAAGAGGUCUUAUUGUAAUUGCUGCUGGUGGUAACACUAUUAGAUUUGUCCCAUCUUUGAAUAUUGAUUCUGCCACCAUUGAGGAAGGUUUGAAUAUUUUUGAAAACACCAUUAGUGCGGUUUUUGAUUAA